GCACCGCAGGUAGGGCAGGAGGCUGGAGCGCCUGCUGCCCGCCCGCCCGUAAAAUGGUCACCUCGGCUGGACUGCUCGCCCUGUUGGCGCUGGGCAUCGUGUUGACCAUGUGCCAAGCCCUGGAGAACAGCACGUCCCCCCUGAGUGACCCGCCCAUGGCUGCAGCAGUGGUGUCACAUUUUAAUGACUGCCCAGAUUCCCACACUCAGUUCUGUUUCCAUGGAACCUGCAGGUUUUUGGUGCAGGAGGACAAGCCAGCAUGUGUUUGCCAUUCUGGGUACGUGGGUGCACGUUGUGAGCACGCGGAUCUCCUGGCCGUGGUAGCCGCCAGCCAGAAGAAGCAAGCCAUCACCGCCUUGGUGGUGGUCUCCAUCGUAGCCCUGGCUGUCCUCAUCAUCUCAUGUGUGCUGAUACACUGCUGCCAGGUCCGAAAACACUGUGAGUGGUGCCGGGCCCUUGUCUGCCGGCACGAGAAGCCCAGCGCCCUCCUGAAGGGAAGGACCGCUUGCUGCCACUCAGAAACAGUGGUUUGAAGAGCCCAGAGGAAGAGUUUGGCCAGGGGGACUAUGUGGCAGCCCUAUGAAGAAAGAACUUCUUGAGGACAGGACUGCCAGAGGUGCCUGGAUGUGCUGGCAGACCUUUCCUACUUUGCCUGUGAUCACCCAUGCAGCCUUUUUGUCUUCUGUGGGUCUUCAAAACUCUGUCAAGAACUCUGUCUGCUUGGGGUUAUUUGGUGUGACCUAGAGAAGAAACCAGUGGGCCACAACUUAAAGACUAGUAAAAAAGAACUGCAAAGAGGUGGACUCCUGUUUACAUAAACGAGGUGUGUACAUCAGUCCGUGUCUGAGUCCAGGUGUGCACAAUUGUCUUUGCCAGGCGUGGAUUCUGGGCUAUAUUUCUUUUUCAUGGGAUACCUCCCCGCAACAGAAUCCUGCCCAACAUGGGAGACUUCUGUAGUUGUUACAGUUUUCUCUCACCUGCUUAUUGGGGAAGAAAGUGGAGAAGGAGAAACUACUUAUUGUUACAUGAACUUUAAAAGGAGCCAUGUUCCCUGGCUGCAAGACCCUCAGCCAGCCCAACAUCUUCCAUGGACACAUGAUAUUGAAGACCGUCCCAUGCUGUCACCACCCUCAGAGAUAAUUUCUUAUUUAUUAGACUGAUAAUGGUUUUAUUUUUAAUCUCUUAAGUCAAUGUAAAAAGCAUAAAACCCCUCAGACUUCUA